CUGGGGUGCAAGCGGCUUAAAAAGGCGUUAAGAUCUCUCUAUACCACAGCAGCCAUUGCAAGAAAUUGAGUUUUUGCAGAAGAGAGAUUCAGUGAAAAAGUUUGCAAAGCAAAUCCUCUUUUCAUCUCUCUCCGUGUCUGAUCAACUGAAGAAGAAGAAGAAGAAAUUCAAUUAGAGAAACGAAAUUUGGGAAACGAAAGAUCUGCAGGGUCUUCAAAAGAAGAAGAAGAAGAGAUGGGAAGCAGUUAUUCUGGGGAACCAAAUUUGGGAAACGAAAGAUCUGCAGGGUCUUCAAGGAAAGGGAAGAAGAGUAGUGGUUCAGACAAGGCUAAUAAGCAGCCACAGAGAGGACUUGGUGUUGCUCAAUUAGAGAAGAUCAGACUGCAAACCCAAAUGGGCUGUACCUAUCUUCCUUCCCUUCAUGGUUUCCAGGAGGAUAUGAGCUUGCAAGCAGCCUACCCAUCAUCAGUGCCUUCACCUUCUUCCUAUUCUCAUACAUCUUCCUCACCUUCCUAUCCUUUCCAUGCCCACUCCAAUAUCAUGAUGGGAUUGGGUGAAGCAGAAAGGGCAAAUAAUAGAUAUGGUGAUUCCCAACCUACCAGCAAUGCAAGAUGGAACCCUAGCAAUAGUUUGCUAGAGACCCAACAAUUUACACAACCAAACGUGACUAGACACUUCCUGAACCCACGAGCUGAGGAUUCACUGCAAAAGAAAAGGAAGAAAGACAGACGCGAUUCGAUGGGUUCUAGCAGUCAGAACUCGGAAACAAGUGACAGUCAAGAACUAGAUUUGGAGCUUAGGCUUUCACUCUAGCCUGAAGGUUGUGCAAUUCGAAGUAUGGAUCGAUCAAGUCACUUUCUUUUUUCUCUUUGUACUUCUAGCAAUUCAGCAAAACCACUUGGCUCGCAAAAUUCAGUGAGAGUCUGGAAUUUCAUAUUGGACUAUAUAUAUAUCAAAAUCAUAGAAUUCUGCACAAAAUAAUGAAAAUUUCUUGAGAAAUCUUGGAUAUUGUACAGAAGUGGUGAGAAUAUAUAUAACUGCUC